UGUUGUUUCACUUUAUACCGCGCAAAAUAAUUUUCUAGCAUUAUGAUUGCUUUAAGGAACACAUUUAUCCACCAGCGUAUAAUUGUUCAGUAUAAACAGAUAAGAAAUUUUGGGGUGAAGAAGACAUGUUUAGAACCUGUGAGCCUAAAGGGACGCAGUCUCUUAACGUUGAAAGACUUUAACCCAGACGAGAUCAAGCACAUUCUGUGGGUGUCUGCUGACCUUAAGCAUCGAUUCAAGCAGGAUGGACAGCUUCCCGCCCUUCUUAAAGACAAAUCUAUUGCUAUGAUUUUUGAGAAGAGAAGCACGAGGACCCGGGUUUCUACAGAAACAGGGUGUGCCCUGUUGGGUGGUCAUCCAUGUUUCCUCACUUCUAAGGAUAUUCACCUGGGUGUAAAUGAGAACACAAAAGACACAGCCAGAGUGCUCUCAAGCCUGACUGAUAUUGUGUUAGCGCGAGUGUACAGUCAUUGUACUCUGGAGCAGCUGGAUAAGGAAGCCUCAGUACCAAUCAUCAAUGGCCUCUCUGAUCUUUACCAUCCCAUACAGAUACUAGCUGAUCUGCUCACGUUGCAGGAGCAUUAUGGAUCUUUAAAGGGCCUGACACUGUCUUGGAUAGGUGAUGGCAACAAUGUUCUUCACUCCUUCAUGAUGUCAUUGGCCAAAUUGGGUGUCAAUCUGAGAAUAGCCACACCAAAGGGUUAUGAGCCGGGUGCUACUAUCACUCAGGAGGCAUUGCGUCUUUCUAAACAGUUUGGGACAGAUUUGCAGUUGUUCUCAGAACCAAUGGAAGCAGCUAAAGGCAGUAACGUGCUGGUGACAGACACAUGGAUUGGCAUGGGCCAAGAGAAUGAGAGGAAUAAAAGGUUGAAAGAUUUCCAUGGCUACCAGGUCACCAUGGAGACAGGAAGUGUAGCUGCUCCAGACUGGACCUUUAUGCACUGCCUUCCACGAAAAUCAGAGGAAGUGGAUGAUGAGCUUUUCUACUCACCACGCACACUUUCAUUCAAAGAGGCUGAAAACCGCAAAUGGACCAUCAUGGGGUUGAUGGUGUGCAUCUUGACUGACUACAGUCCUCAGAUCCCUGAACUGAAACUGUGAAUCCUGAGACUAUAACAAUGCCCAUGUUAACUAAUUUAAUCUCUUGCCAAUAGAGGGCACAGUUAUCCUAAAAAGUAGAGCAUAGGCAUAUGAGCCAAAAAUUUUAUUACUUUUACACUAUAUUAUAUAAUUUACACUUGUUUUUUUUUUUUUUAUUCAAUCUGAAUUUGCUGUCAGUUUUGUUUAGUGUAAACAAGAAGUUUAUUGUGCACAUUUUGAUGCUUGCUUUUGUUGUCAUUUACAUGCCAUACUACAAGUAUUCAGGUCUUAUGUAAAAAGUUAUUCAGUUUUACUGAAUUAUUUCCAGUUCUACUGAUUUUCUUAGAAUUAUUUUGCAGACCAUAAAGGUAUAUUGUCACUUUAAGUAAAACCUGCUAAGCUUUUUGCAAACACUCCAGCUCGGCUCCAUUCUUGGAUUCUAGCAAAAAGCUAAUAUGUUCGUGAAAUAUAAUAAAUAUUCAAAAAAAAGUUAUUUAAAAUGAUUACAAUAUUUUUUGCAGAAUAUGAAGCCAAUAUAUUUUGGUUAUCAAUAAAUUAUCCAACUGCUGCUGUUUA